GCAAAGCUUCUUUUCAGAUUGUUAAAACUCUUUGCGUGCAACGCUUCGUACCACUCAGCCGUCCAUCGUACAGGUUGAAAUCAAAUUUCAAUUCAUCUUUAAGUGUCGUUGGCUAUUUUAACAAAAUGGCGAGAUCAUCGUCAGACAGCAGUGAUGACGAAAGAAAAACGGUCCGGAUAGGACCUGCUCCUCCAAUCCCGAAGAAAACUUACGCCACCAAGAGUUCAACGAUGCAAAAGAGGAAGAAGCAGUGUUGCCUUCUGAUUAGGAAAAAAUGGUUCAUCGCAGCGAUGAGCGCAUUUAUUCUGCUGCUCAUUUUGGCCAUUGUUCUGGGCGUGACUUUGGGUGGAAAGAAUAAGUCGGUUGUUUACAGCAAUCCAGUCAAUUUGACGUGGUGGCAAAAUUCCACAAUCUACCGUUGCUACGUGACGUCCUACGUCGAUUCUGAUGGAGACGGAAUAGGAGAUUUCAAAGGAAUCCAGGAACGCUUAAGCUAUCUAAAAGAACUUGGAGUUGACGUUUUAUGGUUGUCACCUAUCCAGAAUACGAACACAGUGUCUGGCACCGACGUAAUCGACGCGAAACAAGUUAAAAUUGAAUAUGGCUUGCAACAAGAUUUUCGGAAUCUCGUCGCUGCCGCCAAAGAAAUGGGAAUCAAGGUGAUUAUGGAUAUCAUUUUGAAUCAUAGCGGGAGCGCCCAUAAGUGGUUCAAGCAGUCGCAGUUGUCAACAAACCCUUACAAAGACUAUUAUAUUUGGAGCAAGGGUAAAUUAGGAGGGUUAAAUGACACUAAACCUCUACCUCCCAACAACUGGAUUUCACUGUACAACGGCUCCGCCUGGCAGUGGAGUGACAGCAGACAGGAGUAUUACCUUCGUCAGUUUUGGAAAAACGAGCCCGACCUUAAUUACCGAAAUCCGCAGAUUAUCCAAGAAAUGAAGACGGCGGUUAAUUUCUGGUUGGAAUUGGGGGUGGAUGGGUUCUAUCUCCGCGACGUCUCAUUUUUGUACGAAGAUGCCCAGUUAACCGACGAGAGUCAGUUGAGUAGCUCGCAGGAAUACGUUUUCCAUAGCCACAAUAAUACCCGUGACCUCACUGAAAGUUACCAAGCUGUGAACGACAUCUUUUUUGGCGCUAUUCAGCCACGGAUGAAUGCUGACAGAGUAUUGCUUAUGGAAACUAACGAUCGAGUCAUGAGUGAUGAAAAGUGGUUCCAAACAUAUCAAAUGAUGACGACCAACGCGCUCUACAAAUUGAACUCAACAUUCGACGGUUUGCAACUGAAAGCUGUUGUUGAACAUUCACUCGAGGCCUUCAACAAAACACACGUGUGGCCAAUCUGGUCGCUAGGUGACGAGACAAAAAGUCGCAUCUCGUCCAAAUUCAAUCAAUUGGCUGUCGGAUUACAAGUAACUCAAAUAUUCCUGCCGGGUUCAUCGUCCAUCUAUUAUGGUGAAGAGAUCAUGUUGAGCAAUAACCCGUCAAUCACAUACGAUCAAACAGUUGAUAGUGCUGCCAAGGAAGCUGGCCAAUCGAAUUAUAAUAAAAUAUCGCGGGAUCCCUUCCGCACUCCCAUGAAGUGGAACUCUUCCCGAAACGCAGGUUUCACUGUCGCGACAAAUCCUUGGCUUCCGGUGAACAACAACGACCCGACUGUCGAUUUACUAAAAUCCAGAACCAAUUCCAUUUGGUGCACAAUCAAGGACAUGAUUAGCCUGAAAAAGAGUUCGUUAGCAUUGACGAAUGGAACUAUUGAAUUCCCGAUGGUCGACGUGGAUAUAUUUUCUUUUACCAGAGUUCACGCAUCAAACAAUACCGGAUUCCUUAUUGUUUGGAAUGUCGGUAACCAGCGCAAAACCUUGUCUUUUAAUGAUGUCCAAUACAUCUCUAAUGACAUGACAGUGAUCCGAAAAGUCAGACCGGAGGGAAGUCGAACGGAGUCUGCGCCAGUUAAAAAGUCAGACGUAUCAGUGGAUCCUAAAGAGCUCAUCGUCUUUUCAUUCUGGAAGCAAUGAUGUGGUGGACUUGAGGGUAAUAUGUUGCUAUCAGAAGGAGACGAGAAAUCUAUAAGCUAAAAGAGAGACGCCAGCUUAUUACAAA